AUGGGCUUGAUCGAGAAGUUCCUCCCAAAGGAGGAUCGAUUCGCAGCCUUGCUGCUCUAUGGCAUGGUCUUCAGCACAUGCUUCAAUGGAUACGAUGCGGGUAUCAUGACGGUCAUCCUCGCGGACGAGCAAUUCACUUCGUAUUACCACAUAACACCGGACCGACAAGGCGUUAUUGCAGUCAUACCAUGGGCCACCACUGGGUUGGCUCAACUCUUCGUCGGAGGCACACUCGCAUCUCUUGUAGGACGUCUGUGGGCUCUUCGCAUUAGCAUCAUGCUCAUGUGUAUUGGAGUUGUUGUUCAAGUCGUGCCAAACACCUACGCCGUCCUGAUCGUCGGGCGUCUGAUCACUGGUCUUGGGUUUGGAUGCGUCUACAUCGCCACCAAUCUGUACGUCGCCGAAUGCGCACCACGCCUUUUAAGAGGAAGCUUCGUUGGGACCGUAUCGCAGUUUGGAUAUCAACUAGGCACCUUGAUUGCGUUCUGGGCAGGGUAUGGCCUUUCGUUCCACAAGUCGCCCUACAAUAUCGCGUGGAGAGUAUCGAACGUCAUCCAAAUCCCGAUUGGAUUGAUGUUCGUGGCGAUAUCCUUCUUGUAUCCGGAAAGUCCACGCUGGUUGCUCGAGAAAAAGUCCGAAGAACCAGAGCGUGCCUUGAACACCCUUGCCAAGCUUCGCUCUGGCAGUCCAACCGACGAGCGUAUCCGAAUAGAGUUCCACGAAAUGGUAGCUUCGUACGAAUUCAGAAAGCGCUACGACACUGGUUAUCUUGGUCUCUUCAAAAGCGCCGCCAUGAGGAAACGAUUACUCUACGGUAUCUACGCCACGGCACUCCAACAAGUGGGGGGAAUCGCCUGUUUGACCAUGUACGCCACCCUCAUCUACAAGUCUCUCGGCUGGGACUCCGGAAGCCAGGCUUUGGCGAUCAAUGGCAUCCAGUCUGUUUUGCAGCUCUUCAUCGUCCUGGUCAACACCUUUACGGUUGACAGAUUUGGGCGACGUCAAUUGCUCAUCGCUGGCUUUGCCAUCCAGUCUCUGGCGUUGGUGAUCCUGUCAAGUCUGACGACUGCAUACCCAACGAAUGGCAACAAGGCUGCAGCAGUGGUGGAGGUCGCUAUGCUUUUCAUCGUGGGCCUGACCUACUGCUGGUCCAAUGGACCUAUCGCACCAGCAAUUGCCUCGGAGAUCUUCCCACAGCACGUUCGUGACAAGGCCUUUGGUAUCUCACUGCUUGGACAGUCUGUGUGCCUCAUCGCUCUCACACAGCCCUGGCCGACUUUCAACGCGGAAGUAGGAGCAAAGAGUUAUUGGCUGCUGUUCGGUCUCAAUGUCAUGGCGUUGGUCUCUGUCAUCUUCAUACUGCCAGAGACGAAGGGCAUAAGUCUCGAGCGCAUGGAUGCAAUCUUCGGACAAGUCGACGCAGUCGCGGCUGGCGAGUCCGAGGAAUCCAAGGCGGUCGAAGCCAUCGAAGGCGAGACGGUGCAUCGAGCGAGUGUGGGAGAUUUGGAGAAAGACACUCCUGUCAAUCAUGUCGAAGUGACUGGCAAGUAA